CCCACUACAACUUCCAAAAAUCUUGUCUCCUCAGUACUACUUCCUCUAUCUCAGCUUCAUGUUUCUUAAGACUCACUCCCUGAUACAUUAAUUGCUGAUGCUGAAGAAGAAGGAAGGUUAAUCCAACAUUAUUUUGUUCUUUUUAGUCUCACAGCUAGAAUCUCAUCUCAAAUGUCUAAACCCACCAUGGAACAAAAACAUAAGAACCCACCUCUUAAGGCUCACAAACCACCGUCUUGGGCAGUUAUGAGAGGCUUUUUCAGCUGUAAGCAUCACCUCCAACUCCAACGGUACACUCGACCGCUGCCACAAAAGAAGAAAAAGCAGCAACAAGCGGUGGUGGAGAAAACCAGCAAGAAUCACAAGAAGAAGAGAUGUUCAGGUUCAUUAUGCAGCAACACAAAGGUCAUGCACAGGUCCGAGACGGCUUCUCCUGAAGUCAACAAGAAAAGGGCAGCACUUGGUUCCAAGAACAAUGAUGCGUCCACCAGAUCCACCAAAGCUUCUCUCCAUGACCUCAAUGGAGUGGUUUCUGCUGCUAAUUCCUCGCUUUCUGCAUCUUCUGCCUCCUUCAAUGCCGGAUCUUUCAGAGGAAUGCCGUUUACGAGACUCUCCGGCUGUUAUGAGUGCAGAAUGAUAGUUGAUCCUCUUCUGGGAUUCUCCAGAGACCCUUCUCUGAGGAGUGGCAUCUGUUCCUGUCCUGAAUGUGGUGAGAUAUUUAUGAAAACUGAAAAUCUGGAACUUCAUCAAGCCAUUACGCAUGCAGUAUCUGAGCUGGGUCCAGAAGACACAAGUAAGAACAUAGUAGAAAUCAUAUUCCAGUCAAGCUGGCUGAAGAAACAAACACCAAUCUGCAAAAUAGACCGAAUCCUCAAGGUCCACAACACCCCCAAAACCAUAUCCAAAUUCGAAGAAUACCGGGAUUUCAUCAAAGCAAAAGCCACCAAGCUCCCAAAGAAGCACCCUCGUUGCAUAGCAGACGGAAACGAGCUUCUCAGGUUUCACUGCACCACUUUCGCCUGCUCACUAGGCCUCAACGGGUCUUCCAACUUGUGUAACUCGAUUCCCAACUGCAAUGUCUGUAGCACCAUCAAGAAUGGUUUCAAGGAAUUACUCACCGGCAAAGGAAUAUUGACCACUGCCACCAGCGGUAAAGCACAUGAUAAGGCCGAAGUGGAAGAUGGGAGCGAAAAGAGGGCAAUGCUGGUAUGCAGGGUGAUAGCAGGGAGAGAGAAGAAGAGUAUGGAAGGAAGCAUGGAGGAGUAUGACUCGUUGGCCGGUGCUGCUGGGGUCUAUUCCAAUUUAGAUGAAUUGUAUGUGUUCAAUCCUAAGGCCAUUUUGCCGUGUUUUGUUGUCAUCUAUAGUGGCUUUUAAGUUUUAACCUUUUGUUUCCUCCCUCUUUUGUAGUAUUAAGAAUAAGAAGGUAAGAUUUCCCUGUCUGGGUUGAUUGAUUGAUUGUGUGGGAAAAUGAAAUCUUCAAUGGAAA